AACCAUGAGGCGUGUGUCGUCUGCGGGAUACAGGCUGCAACCGAGAACCACCGUGGUCCGACCCAAAAGCAGCCAGCCCCGGACCGACCGGAAUCUGUAUGCCCAGGAAAAUGCACCUUAUCUGGGCAUACGUCAAGAGGACCCCGUGAAACAGGACCUGCUGUGGAGAGAGCUGGUGUGGAGUGAACGCAGAGGAGUAAAGGAAUGGGAGAAAAACUGGGGCUUUCUAAUGAAGUAUGAUCACUUGGGAUGUCAAAAGCAAGAGACCCCUCUGCCCAGCUAUGUGUCCUUCUUCUCUGGUAAUGUCCCAUGUACCAACAACCAAAUGUUCGGCAGCAGACUGUCCUCUCCAGCGGGACAGGAGCUGCUCCGGCUGGACAGACUGUUGUUCCUGUCCAGCAACAACCAGCGGCGCAAACUGGACCCAGAGAUGCUGCCUGGUUAAUGCUCUGCUCAACGUAUUUAUGAAUUAAUAAAACACACAAAACGUGAUCAGCCUCGUGUUAUCAGAAAUUGGGUUGCAGACACCUGAUGAAAUUUUGAUGAGUGUAAGUUUCAUAUGAGAUCCAUCGUGCUAGUUUAAGACGGCAGAAAGUAAAUCCUACAGGUAGCUUUUUAAUUUCAAUCAUGUCUGUAUAUGUCUUUGUUUUAAUUACAUAUGCAUGGAUUUGCAUUAAGUUGCACUGUAAGGAAAGAAGCCAUUUAGGCGUAUUGUAUGCCUUGUGUUUUUCAUGUUAUGUAGGCUUAUUUUAUGAGUUAACUGCCCUUUGUAACCAUUCAAAAUGUAAGCUAUGCUGAAGUGUGGUGUAUAAAAACAUCUUGUAAAACAAUUAAAACAAAAGUUGCCUCGG